AUGUCGGCGCCGUCGUCUGCCUGCUCGGCUGCUCCCGCCUCUUCUGGGGGGGCGUCUGUUCCGAAGGAGAAGCUGAGUGCAGAGAAGCAAGCUGUUUCCUCUUCUCCAAAUCACGGAAGCGGAAAGAAGUGCGCCUCGGCUCCUCGUGGCGCAGAUGAAGACACACAGUUCGACUGUCUGCCUGCCAUUCUCGUCGCGUUGACGUUGCCCGAGUUGAAGGAAACCUUCGCUCCUCUCUGCUACGAAAGUCUCACGUUUCCUCUCCUCCCUGUCAGCGGUGUUCCUCUCGUCGUCUCUGCCUUCGACUUUCUCGCUCGAAACGGAGUGACGGAAAUCUUUGUGUUGAUCAAGGGAGACGAGGAAGGCUGGAUGGUCAAAAGAGUUGUGGAGGAGCACGAGGAAACUUUUCAGAAACGCCUGCGCCGGGUCGUCAAACGCGGCCUUCGCGUCACGUGUGUCGAGGUGCCUACGACGGUCGACUCCAUGGGGGAUGCCCUCAGAGACUUCAGCAGCAAAUACGACCUCAGACAUGAUUUCCUCUUGAUGCAUGUUUCUUCGUUUAUUCGAGCGGACAUCCGUCCGGCAAUUGCGGCCCACAAGGAGAGAACAGCGACCAAGUUUCGGGGCGUAUCUGGCGGGGAAGCUGUGAUGACGCAACUGCUUGCGCGCGCGUCUCCCUCGAAUGCCCAGAGACUUCUGGACGACGACGUCGCUCUGCUUGUUGAGUCGCAGACGAAGGAAGUCAUCGCGUCGUUUUCUCUGAAGAAGCGCGCAGAAGUCGAACUCGGCGAAGACCUCAUUCAGCUCGCUGCCACUCCGUCGUCGUGCGGCUUCCAAGUGCACUACGACCUUGUCGACAUUGGAGUGUAUCUCUGCGCUCCGAAGGUGCAGGAACUAUUUAGCGUUUCCUUCGACUACGUCAGUGUGAAACGCGACUUCAUUCCUGACCUCAUCAACCGCGAAAUCAAACUCGACGCCAUCUACGCCUACGUCCUCGAGACGCAGGAAGGCGAGAACGACGUCGCGUAUGCGUCGUGCUGUACAGACCCCCGAACGUAUUACCACACCUGCCGGGAAGCUUUGGAGAGGUGGACGUAUCCUCUCGUUCCCGAUACGCGAACUGCAGGCUCCGGCCAUGCUCCGCAGCUGCGCUACCGCGGACGGGGCGUCUACCAGGCGGACUCCGUCUCGCCUGGACUUCGCUGCGAGCUCGGGCCUCUGGUGGCGAUCGAGGACUCGACGACCAUCGGGGACGGAACGACCAUCCGACACUCGUUCAUCGGUUCCAAGUGCAAGAUUGGACGAAACGUCUUGAUUGAGGGGUCGAUUCUGUUUGGCAACGUGGAAAUCUGCGAUAACGUGAAGAUCUCGAACUCGCUUCUCUUCACAGACAUCAAGAUCCUCGAAGACACGCGCGUAGGGGACAGCUGCGUCCUCGGGGGCGGCGUCACCAUAGGCCGAGGCCGUGUCGUUCCUCCCUUUACUCGGAUCUUCUUGCCUUCUCGCCUCCGCAAGAGCGAGGCAGAAGUCGCGGAUGCAGUCGCCCACGCAGAUGCGCAUGCAGAAAAGGAAAUCAUUGGAGAAGACGGAGAAGGAAAGCUCUGGCCUAUGCAGCGUUGGUCGACAGAAAAACUCCAAACAAUCUCUCUCGGCUGCUCCACGGCACCCUUCAUUAAACUCCCGCUCCCCUCCUUCGCCGUCGACGAAGACGAGUCGAGCGAGGAAGAAGAGAGCGAUGACGAGGCUGUGAGCGACGGAGAGGCUUCAGCUUCCUCUCCCGUCGCAUCCCAGAAAAGAGACCAGGGCGACGACAGUGCCUUCGCCUCGGAGAUUCGAGCAAUGUGCCAAGAGGGCCUGAGCGAGCCUCAGCACAUGCAACACAAAGUUUUGGAAAUGAAAAGUUUUCGCCUCGCCUCGAACAAGACGGACCUCGAAGUCGCGCAAGUCAUUCUCCCCGUCUUCCUGGAAACGAUCGCCUUCGCGGCCGACGGCGGAACUCCGAAGAAAGACACAUGGGAGAAGUUCAUCGCGACGCGUCGCGCGGGUCUGCUUUUCUCGUCGUUUCUGUCGAACGCACACCCGGAGGACUUGGUGCCUCUGUGGAGCAUCUGUUUAGACUUUUGCAUGCGCCCGACGCGGACUGUCUCCGUUUACUCUGGGCCGCAAAAAGAAGGCGAGGGCGACGACACCGAAGCGGAGACAGUGACUCGCGACAAUCCGCUGUUCGGCUCCACAGUCUUUUGCUCGCUCUGUGAAGUUCUGCAUUCCUGCGACUUGCUCGACGCCGAUCUGUCGCUGCCUCUGUGGUAUCGACAUAAAACACAGGGCGACCUGAGAGAAGACGAAAAGGCGUUCUUGAACAGUCCGAGGCUGAAGGCCUUCGUCGAGUGGCUAGAGGAAGAAGAUGCCAGCGACGAAGACGACGAAUGAGACAAAACGCAGAGAAACAGAGGCCUCCUCUCUUCGUUUGCUUCGGCGGUCAACCUCGCGUCUUUCAUGUCUUCCUGUCUCGGUCAAGUCACGCGGCCGUAGAAGUGUAUCCCUGGUGUGUUGCCAUGCUGUUACAAAUCUUUUGUGGCGGCCUGCUCGAGGUGUAACCUCGUGGUGCAC